GAGCCUUAUCCCCAACAUUAAAAAUCAGGUAGUUUUCCUGAAAAAUCUGGACAGUUUAAAGCCAAGACAUGACCCUGAAGCCAACACUUCAUCCUUUGGAAAUACAGGAAACCAAAAUCAACCCUCCACAACAAAGGAAUGGCCAAUAACCUAUAGGCUUCCCAAGUUCCCUACCACCCUCCAGCAGAAACUAAAUGAAAAAAGUGAGGACUUCAUAGCUUCCGCCUUUAGAAACAAAUGGAGAUCCCAAAUCACACAGGUUCUGUUUGAUGAUAUUUGUAGCUACACAUGGUAUCCUACACGAAAAAUGUAUGACAGCACUUGUGCUGCCCUCGUUGCACAAUACAACUUCCUGCGGGACCGCACAGGGAAAGGCUAUGAAUCAUGGCAUCAAAUGCUAAGAAAUAAAUUCAAAAAGGAACGAAGACCCCUGGUGUUCAUCCCAGAGAUCCAGCAAAAGAAGAAGACCCAAAAUAUUGGAGAGACCAUUGACACAGCAGGACUUGGUGAGGGUGCAGCAAGCCAGGGAAGCCUCCAUCCAACGAACCAGUCUCUCAACCGAAAGAAGACCCAAAAUCAGACUGGAGAGACCAUUGACAUAGCAGGACUUGGUGAGGAUGCAGCAAGCCAGGGAAGCCUCCAUCCAACGAACCAGUCUCUCAACCGAAAGAAGACCCAAAAUCAGACUGGAGAGACCAUUGACAUAGCAGGACUUGGUGAGGGUGCAGAACGCCAGGGAAGCCACCGGAUGAAGAUGAAGGCCGAGUGCAAAAAACGUCACCCAAAUGUGUCCUUCCUCACAGACAAGAUGGCACGAACAAGGGCGGACAGGAACAUUUUUUUAAAGAGCCACUCCACCAUGGAAGCCCUGGAGGAGUAUCCUGCCCUACGGUUUCCCAUCAUACUCCUUGCAGAAUCACAAAGCCAGCUUGAUGUUGAUGUCGACCGCAGCAUCAUGUCUGGGAUCGGACAGAUAGCGAGCAGGGUCAUCGAACAAUGCCAGCGACGGGCCAUAGGACUAGAACUCUUUGAAAUGUACGAAGAAGCCAAGGCUGAAUGUGCGGAGGAGUCACACAGAGGUCUUCAGGUGAUCCUUGCCACACUUCUGCUGCCGCAUCUAUUCAGAGAGAUUCCUGAUGCCCUUUAUGUCAUCAAUAAGAAUCCUGAGGUUCCAACUCCGGUCCUUGUUGUCAAGGGAAACCCCUUCCUGGAGGCGACGUAUGGCGUACACCUCGACUACACUGAAAUCCUCACCACACAAGUUCAUGAUAUCACUCUUGCCUUCUCCACCUUGAUGUCAAUUUAUUUUGUUUUCAAUAUUGAAUAUCACAAGAAAGUGAAAAACACACUGAAUUUCAUAGAAAAAUAUUUAAUGUCUAAUUCACCUCAAGGGAAAAUUUCCCCCACUGUUAUAAAAAUGGCCAAUUAUUUGUUUUUUUAGUCCCAGUUCUCUGUCUCUCUCUCUCCAUAGACAUGUGCCUAUACUAAGUGAUAGUAGCCCUUCAUUGAAUGUUAAACUGUUACUGUUAUGUGAGGGUGGUGGUGGCGGUGGUGGUGUAUAGCCCACAGCUUUUUUGAUUGAUACUUACAGUAUUAUAUACUGAACGUUUAUAUUUAUUAUAUUUAUAUUGUUUUUUGUUUGUUUGUUUACAGAUUAAUUUAAAACACACUCUUGUGCUUGUGUGUGUGUGUGUGUGUGUGUGUGUGUGUGU